AUGAACUCUUCAUCCACAGACACGUCGUCCUCCUCCUCACCGCCAUCAUCUUCAUCUUCAUCAUGGUCUACCUCUGAGGCUCCGCCCCUCUCCUCUUCGUCUCCUCCUCCUCUUCCUCCUCUGAUGUCUCUGCAGAGUUCAGAGCUGAAGGACGAGUUUCUCCGAGGUGAGAGAGAGACGGACACAGACACAGACACAAAUACAGACAGACACAGACACAGACAGAGUAACAGACACAGACACAGAGACAGACAGAGUUACAGACACAGACAGACACAAACACAGACACAGACAGAGAUACAGACAGAAACACAGACACAGAGAUACAGAUACUGACACAAAGACACAGACAGACAGAGUUACAGACACAAAUACAGACAGAAACAGACACAGACACAGACACAAAUACAGACAGACACAGACAGAAACAGACACAGACACAGAGUAACAGACAGAGUUACAGACACAGACACAAAUACAGACAGAGAUACAGAUACAGACACAGACAGAGAUACAGAUACAGACACAAAUACAGACAGAAACACAAACACAGACACAGACAGACAGAGUUACAGAUACAGACACAAAUACAGACACAGACACAAAUACAGACAGAGAUACAGAUACAGACAGAGACACAGACACAGAUACAGACAGAAACAGAAACAGAGUAACAGACACAAACACAGAUACAGAUUCAAAUACAGACACAGACACAGACACAAAUACAGACACAGAGACAGACACAGACAGACAGAGUUACAGACACAGACAGAAACAGACAGAGACACAGAUACAGACACAAACACAGAUACAGAUUCAAAUACAGACUCAGACACAGACACGAAUACAGACAAAGACACAGAUACAGACAGAGUUACAGACACAGAUACAGAGACAGACAGAGACACAGACAGAGUUACAGACACAGACACGAAUACAGACAGAGUUAAAGACAGAGUUACAGAUACAGACACAAAUAAAGACACAGACAGAGUUACAGACACAAAUACAGACACAGACCUUCAAUGACACUAAAAACUGAACUUAAAAAUGACUUCUUCUUCUUCUUGUGUCUUUCAGAGCGUCAGAACAGGUUUCGGUUUCAGGGGGACAUCUCUGACUCCGGCACUGUCCCCUCCCCCUCCCCCGUGGCCCCCCUCUCACCUCUGCCCUCCCCCUUCAGCCCCACCCCCACCUCCUCCCCCGACAGCUCCUCAUCCUCCUCUUCUUCGUCCUCUCCGAGCUCCGACAACAGACGAGGUGAGCGAGCGUCACCUGAGGUUCAGACUUCCUGUGAGGUCCAUAACAGUUCAGUCAGUUUUGGCGCCCCCUGUGGUCAAACGGGGGAACUCCUAAAUCUGUAAUCUGAGGUGUCUGUGUCUGUCUGCAGCUCGUCUGUCCCUGUCCAGUCCUGAACUCCUAUCAGAGCUAAAGGAGUCCAGAUCACGUCCUCUACGACACGUCCCCGCGCACAACGGACUGACCCGAGUGUUUUCAGGACGAGGAGGAGCAGGAGGAGGAGCAGGAGCAGGAGGAGGAGCAGGAGCAGGAGGAGGACAGGUGACAAACAGCCGUCAUUAAAAUCUGAAAACACUCGUUUCAAGUUGUGAGAGAUAAUUUCAAAAUAAAAGCCCCAGGAGAGACUUUAACGGUAACUCUUUUUUUCCUCCAGCAGCUGUCUGGCUCCACCCCCUCUUCUCCAAGAACCAAUCUGAAAGAUUCACACUGA